AUGCCUCUUGAGGAUGCGGCGUUUGGUCGGCACUUCGUGCCUGAUGACGGACCUGCUGCUGAGGUCUUGGCUCGCAAACGCGCCGCCACCUAUCAGCGCCUCACCAUGCAGCUGACGCUGGAAGCGCUCUUGUCUGGUGCGAGGCGCAUGACGCCCUUGCGGGCGCAAGCACUUCUCGAGCCAGAGGACAGCUCCUCCUCGGACUUUGUCGAGUCGCCCGAGGAGUCUUCGCCGGAGGUCUCCGACUCCGAUGGGGGACACCCUUCGAGUGGCCCCGACGAUCGGCGCGGAGCUGGCGAGGCGUCUCCGUCCCUCACUGUGACGUCGGGUGCCUCCGGAGAGCUCGACACCACUGGGGCUGCUUGUCUGCGCGGCUUCGCGCUUGGGCUGGCGCUGCCGCGUCUGGGUGCCAGCAGUGCUGGAUUUACUGGCAGCCUUGAAGGUAAAAAGCCAGCAGUGCUGGUUCUUUUCGGGCUUGUGUUUUGUGUGUGUUUGUGCAGCUUCUCGCUGUGGACUGUGUGCCUGGAGGUUUAG